GUUCGCGCCGUUUCGCCGAGAGGCGCAAAACGAGCAAGCUGUGGUAGACGACGACGAUAAACGCGCGAGCCGUGUGGCAAGAGCCAUUGCUGAUGAUGACAGCUGUUGCUCACAUAUUUGUUGGCGUACUGGAAGAAUGCACGGAACCCUAGACAUAAACAGGUUCGCUGUAAAAUAAAACGAAGAUUUCUUCGGAGACACGCCGUCAGUGGCGGUGACCACGGAUGUACUAAGGUUUCUUCCCCUAGCAUGCCUCCCGAUCCUUGGCGAACCCCUCGUAGUGGGUUGUGCCACUUCUCUUCCGGCCAGCUAACCAACCGCCGCUCGAGACUCCGCGAGAAUGCAGCUCGCGUCUCGUAGCAUUCCACUUCUAACGUUCCGUCGCGCACCCAAGACAAAAUGCGGGCUUCUUCGGACAGCACCCUGUCGGACGAAGGUACUUCGUGUUCGACGCGUGCUGCAGCGCAGGUUCGUGGCCGGGGCCCAAGGGGACCCGCGCCCUUUGACGAGCCCGCCUCGCGGGGCUCGCGUAGCCCUUCGCCUCCGACAGCGCCGCCGAACAGACGCCGCUUUCUCGGUGCGCACACCGCGACGAAAGGUCGCCGAAGCAGAUUGUCCCCGCAAGAAGUCGCGUCGCAGGAGGAAGAACCGACGCACAGCAGGCGGCUCCCUCUGGACCAGCCGGAGCCACGGAGCAGACGUACCUUCGUGGCCACCGUCGGUUUCUACGGCCAGAGAUCGCUACUGCGCCGGAACGCCUGGCUCGAGAGCGUCAGGUGGCUGGACCUGCCAUCAUCCGACAUCAGGGGACGAUUCCAGGACGGACGCACCUCCCCGUGCCGUUCGGGACGGCACCGCCAGCGCGUGAGGCGUCGCUCGCCAUCGCGCCGGGAACGCCGGCAGGACUGCGGGCACGUCCGGAACCGCGAACUCCGCCGCUUGGCGCCUAGACUCGCAUCGCAGUCCAGCCGCAGACGCGUGUCCUCCCCGAGCAUCCUGUUGAGGGUACCGACAGUGAUUCGCGUCGAGGAGCGCUCCGUGCCCAAGGCGACGCUGUACUCGGCCGUGUUCCCGUGCCUGGUCGGGAUCGCAUUCGUCGAGCUGGCGCUGGCGCGCAAGAUGCGAGCGCUCGCUGCUCGCAAGGAGCCCACUAUGAGGAGCCCGUCUGCUCGACGGGAGGCUGCCCCGAGCACGCGCGCCGCCUGUUGAGCACGCUGAACCCAUCUGUCGACCCGUGCACCGAUUUCCACACGUAGUACGUGCGCGGCGGGGACGAGCGUGCUUCCAGCCCGGGCGAUGCGCUGGACCGCUUCUACGGACCCAAGGUCACGGUUCUGGCGACGAGUCUCUGCAGCCUGGUUUCGGCGCCGCGGUACAUACGCUGCACAUAAAGGGCUCACGGAACCACGCUCCAUACUUUUCUCUCAACGUGUUUUUCUUUGAAUAAAAUAGCCGGUUUGACAAAUA